AUGUUCCAUAAAAUUUAAGUUUUCUUAAAUUGCAAGUUUUUUUUGGAAAAAUUAAUUUUAAUUUGGUCAUAACAAAGAAAACUAAGCUUAAAUACCAUCCCUUUUGAAGAACAAUGUAUAAUAAAUUAUGGUUUAAAAGGAAUGAAAGUAAAUUUAUUUUAUUAUUAUUUUUAUUAAAAAGAACAAGAACAGCCUAAUGGGAUUGUAUUUAAUUAUAGUUAUAACAUAUUAGAGAUUUAAAGAUGAGAAUUCUUUUAAGCAAUACAUUUAUGUCUUUGGUGGUGGUUGUGAAUUUAGCUUUGGUUUCCUAUUUGAAAGAGAAUGAUGGAGGUGAUUAUACUCAAUUUUCAUAUAUCACGAAUAUUAGCACAGCUGACCAUGAUAAAUAUAGAACUUAUUUAAACCUUGCAAUCUCUGCCUUUGUUUUGAUGUUAGUAGGAUUUCUUGCAGGAAUGGUAUAACCAUUUUUGAAACAAGCUGCUUUGGCUUAUGUGAUGGCAUUGUUGAUAUUAACAGGAUAUGUGUGCUUAUUUGCAGGAGUAUUCAUAAAUGACACCUUCUAAUACAAUUUCGUUGAUGGGAAAUCGUUUAAUUACAGUUUGGCAUCAUUCUUUGGAAUGGGAGGAGUAUUUAUCUAAGGAAUGGUAAAUUCUUGGAGAUAAAGAUCUAUUGAUUGA